ACAGUUUCACAAAGACUAGGAAGGAAAGAUAGAGGUAUGUUACUUUUCCGUCAUUAUCACUCACAUUUUUCUGAUGCAACAUCAUCAUCAAAUAAUUAGUUUUGAGAAGAAGAAAAAAAAGCUGUAUUGAUAAAAAAAAAUGUCGAGUUCCGCCGAAAAUCAACAACAACGUGACUUUAACACGACAUCUUGUUAAGGUGAGAGUGAAAGCAAUGAUGGUAGAGAUGUUCUUUUGGAAGGGAAAUAACCUGCUUCAACAAUUUGAAAAUUACUCUAAUCUACUUCUUCUUUCUGGCCCUCCUUCUUCCGGGAAGACUUCACUUCUUUUCCAAUUUGCAUUCAAUAUAGCUGCACAUGACUCCAACUCUACCAACCCAAACGUUCUCUUCAUCUGUAACCGCCACAGGUUGGAUUUCAAACCCCCUUUUCUAUCUCAGGGUAUUGAUCCAUCUUCUAAUGUCUUCCACCGUAUACGAAUCAAGUAUGUUAAUGAUGAAGAAGACAUUAGGAACUACUUUGCUGCCUUCCAUCUGCAUGAUAAAUUGCCUGAUGCAGUUGUUAUCGAUGAUUUUGGAGAUUUAUUUGACAACAGGGUAUGCCAACAACGAUAUUCUAAUCCCCGCGGGCGAGACUUGGCCAUGGUCAAGAGUCUAGCCUUGUGUCACAAUGCUAUUAACUAUGCAAAUCAAAAAGGGUCUUGCAAGCUUCUCUUGUCGGAUACUCAUACUCACCAGGGAGACUCACCAAGGUUUCACUUCAUCUAUAAGAAAUGGAUACCCACCACUUUUACAAUUAAAGAAGGGGAUAUAUCUGGAUCAUUUAUUUUGAAAGGUAGGAGCUAUUCGCGAACUGAUAACACAGCUACUGGUAGUAUGAAAGCUGCAAAGUACUCUAUAGCUCUUCAAUAUCUGGUCUUUGAUGGACUUGUCAAUAAUGAUCAAAUAGAAUAGAAAUUUACCUCGUCAACAAGCAGAACUGAUUGAUACCCAAAACUGAGUCAUAUCAUAUAUUCCCUUGAAACUAACAACUAUACUCAAUCAUAUAAAUAACUUUGGUUUUGCCUGCAUCUUCGGUGAAACCCUACGAAUCUCAGUUGUUUUUAAAUGAAUUUUAAUUUUAUGAUUUAUAUCUUACAUCACAUUUCUCUAGUUUUGAUUCAAAGUUCUAGUUGAUGUGACACCAAGUAAAUAAAAGGUGGCAAUUCUUGUGCUUAA